AUGGCGUUAUGUGCCUCAGGUGGCCUUAGGGUGCAGCGCUUGGAAGGGCUGCUGUUUGAGGAAGGAGUUGUUGAAAUUGUCGCUUGUGUCUCUUGUUCUGCAGGUUGUAAAGCCGUAGACACAUUGCUGCGAGUACUAGUGGACAUUCAGGAUGAGUUUCUUUAUCAAUGCCCAGGCACAAGGCACCUGGUGGAUGGAAAACAAUCAAAACCUGAGAGUGAUGAUGAAAUUCCCAGCAGCAGCGAUGAAGAGCGAGCAGGUGAAGCUCAGGAGAAGAGGAAGCGCCCUCCCAAACGAAAGCUGAAGGCGGAGGACUUCCCAGAGUUCAUAGCCAAGAGGUAUGACGAGUACAGGAUAUACCGGAACAACAUCCUGCAGAAAUGGCAUGAGAAGACAAAGCUGGCAUCUGGCAAAAUGGGCAAGGGUUUCGGUGCCUUUGAGCGUUCAAUCUUGACUCAGAUUGAUCAUAUUUUGAUGGACAAAGAGAGAUUACUACGGCGGACACAGACCAAGCGAUCAGUGUACAGAGUGCUGGGGAAGAAGGAGCAGGAUUCCCAUCCAGCCCCUGAAUGUUUGCCUGAAAAUUCGGAAGUCCUCCCUGAGACAGAUUCCAACAGGCACCUGAAGGACAUCGAUGAGGAAAUAUUUGAUGAUGAUGACUUUUAUCACCAGGUAAGUGUCUGUCAAUCUGCGUUGGCAUUAUGACUUCACUUAUUUUUG